ACUUGUCAUCGAUGCCAACAACCGAAGAACCACCUCAGUGCAGUUCAGUUCAGAAGUUUUUCCUGCACAACCGAAAACCGAAUCCGGGUUUGUUCCGCCGUUCUUGGCGUCGGGUGUCGUCCUGCGGUUUCUGUCGCUAUGCAGCCAAAGAAUCUUCUUCCUCAGUAACCUGGUCAGCUAGUUAGUCGCGUAAAUUUAGUGGCAUUUAUCGAAUAAGAAACAGAAAUGGCAACUCCGGGCGUGCUGCUGCGGCAGAAUCUGCCGGCACGGGCCGUUCUGCUGCUGGUGCAUUUCCUGUACAGUUUGGUCGAGCGGUUGCUGCAGUUCUUCCAGCGUUUCCAGAAAAGAUCGCGGACAGAAUCGAUCCGCCAGGAGGACGACGACAGCUGCUGGGAGAACCGGUUACGGCGCGAGUCGGCCUCCGUCGAGUACGGCGUCCGCGGACUGACCAAAGUCCCGGCGCACCUGGUGGUGAUGCUUGGGCCGGAGGAGCCCGACUAUCGGCAGCUGGCGCGCUUCAUCUGCUGGGGCCUGGCCGCCGGAGUGGGCCAUGUGAGCUUCUACGACCAUCGGGGCACCCUCAAGCGCAACCACGCCCGCGUCCUGGAGCACAUGGUGCGACUUCCGCGCGCCGACAGCGACCAGAUCGUGUGGACGGCCCAGCUCAAACCGGGCCUGCCCAUCCCGCCACGGAACGGCUACCGGCGCCGGCUGGUGGUCAGUUUCUUCAGCCCGCAAGAGGACGGCCGUGGCCAGUUGGUGCAAACUGCCCGCACCAUGGGGCAGGAGCUGAGGGAUGGGAGGAUCAACUCUCCGGAGGACAUUACCAUCGAGGCGGUAGACCAGCGGCAACGCGAUCACUUCCGGGACGUGCCCGACCCGGAUCUGGCCGUGUACUACGGCGCGGUUUGCUGCACGUACGGACUGCUGCCGUGGCAGAUUCGGCUGACGGAGUUUGUGCAGGUGCGCGCGCCCAGCUUACGGGACACCGGCCCGGACCACCUGGUGGACUGCCUGUUCCGGUUCGCCAAGUGCGAGCAGCGGUUCGGGAAGUGAGGUGUUAAGGCAGCAACGUGUGUGUGUACAUAAUUCUUAUGGACUCGUUUUGGACCGCGCGCGGGGAUAGUCCGCGGAAUCCGUCAAUCCGGUAGUAGUUUAAGAGUAGCGCUAGUUUCGACACGAGAAAAGACUAUUCACAACCUCCAUCCCAUUACUAGCGUUAAAGUGUACGAACUCUCGGCGCAGCUGCGGGGGGCUUAUUAGGCAAUCAAGUGGAACCGGAAGCUUCCGGUUCCGGUGCAUGUUUUGCAGAACUCAUCUUAAAAUACGUGUAACAUUAUUGUAUAGCAAAUAAAAAGGUUCAUUGUGGAAUUAGAAC